AUGCUUCAGUACUGUGCAGGUUCGCCAUUAGCCAUCACUGUGCGUGCAGGACUUCUUGCAAGAAAGAACACAGUUGAUGAGUGGGAUAUGGUGCAUAAAAAUGUUCAUGUAUACAUUGGAAGAGGCAAAGGCCAUGAACAAGAAUGCAGCGGUACAUCGUGGGUGUUGGCAUUGAGUUAUGAUGACUUACCAUAUCACUUAAAACCAUGCUUUCUGUAUUUAGGUCAUUUUCCUGAAGAUUUUGAUAUACAAGUGAAAAAAUUGACUCAAUUAUGGAUAGCAAAAGGUUUUAUAUCUGCACCACAGGAGACAAUGGAGGAUGUAGCAUACGGCUAUUUAAUUGAGUUGGUAGAAAGAUGUGUGGUACAAAUUGGGGAACAGGGUUCAGUUAGAAAGAUUAAAUCUUGUCAUCUUCAUGAUCUCAUGCGAGACAUGUGCUUAAGAAAGGCGAAAGAGGAGAACUUUCUCCAUAAUGUCAAUUUUUCACAUCAAAACAGGACCCCUGUUUCUUCUUCCAUGUUUGAAGGUAUGGUAACAUCAGGAGAACUGCCGAAUGAGAUUGGCAACAUGGUCCACUUAAGAUUUUUGAGUCUGUGGCGUACUCAGAUGGAACAACUGAGGCAUUUGUAUUUACCCUUGUCUUGGACCUCACAUCCAAAAUUGCGACUGUCUACUCUUCACAAUUUGCAGACUUUAGAUCAUGUUUCAAGUCUCUGUUCUGACCUGAAUGAUCUCUCUGAGUUAAGAAACCUGAGGAAACUGGGGAUAGGAGGGACAAGCAGCUUGGAAAAGUUGGAGGAAAUUUUGAAAUCUACAAGCAGCACACUUGAUGGAACUAGUAGUGGUACAGAGGUUACUUGA